AGUCACGUCGGAAUGCUUCGGGUAGAAUCGGAAAGCUAAUUAUGACCGAAGGGAAUACUGCGCGGCCUGAUCGUUGCAUAUGGGCGUUGUUUGACAGACUUACACAUAGGGGCUUUUAACACGGGGCGAUAUUUUGUGCCCAGAGAGAGAUUGUUUGCGUGGUUGAUAGAAAUGUGUAUUAAAGACAGCAAAUUGUAUUAAUCCAUAAAAACUGUCUGUCUCGAGUUGGGCGUGUUUAUAAUAUUUUGACAGCACGUGUGGGCGGUGCUGACUUAUCCUCCUCCGCUAUCCAGGAGGACCAGUCUCGCGCCGCAGCCGCAAUACUGAACCAGAGGAUUUGAGCAUCACUCAGGCUCGCGAGCGAGAGGAACAGUUCAACACAACGCAUCCCUGACAGCAACAUAAACGCACAAAAAAGACUGGAGAGCUGUUUGCACGAUCGAGUUUUACACCGACCGAAAUCUAACCGGUGAAGAUUGCUAUUCAUGGAAAUAAAAUAGAGACCUGCCAUUUUAAUUUGUUUUUUAAUUUUAUUUUGUUUAUUUUUUCUGACAGUAACGCAGCCCUUUUGAAUCCCAAAAUGGCUGAGAUAACCAACAUAAGACCGACGUACGAGGUGUCCCCAGUGCUGGCGGGGUUCCUGGGCGCGGGGGUGCUGGUGGUGUCGGUGACGGUCGCCGUGUUCCUCUGGACCUGUUGCCAGCGGCGAUACCGGCAGCUGACGGGCAGCUACAAGCUCCGCGGCGACCGGGUGGACCCGGCGACGGACCCGCCCUACAAGUUCAUCCACAUGCUGAAGGGCAUCAGCAUCUACCCGGAGACGCUCAGCAACACCAAGAAGAUCGUGCGCGUGGGGCGGCGCGGGCGCGGGGGGCGGGGCGAGCGGGACCGCGAGUGGGGGCGGGGCGUGGGCGGGGCCGGGGGCGGCGGCGGCGCGGUGCUGCUGGUGGACGCGUCCGGGAGCGCCCCGCCGGACGCCCACGCCCACGCCCCGCCCGCGCCCCGCCCCGCGCAGGCGAACCGGCUGGAGAGGGAGCUGCCCAUCAGGUCCGACUACUGCUGCCUGGACAGCAGCUCGGCCAGCAGCAGCGAGGCCAACAGCAAGACCGCCUCCCCCUUCACCCCCGGCGACGAGCCCGGGCUGGGCGCCCUCAGCCUGGCCGUGGACUACAACUUCCCCAAGAAGGCGCUGGUGGUGACCAUCCUGGAGGCGCGGGGCCUGCCGGCGGUGGACGAGGAGUCGGGCAGCUCCGACCCCUACGUGAAGAUGACCAUCCUGCCCGAGAAGAAGCACCGCGUGAAGACCCGCGUGCUGCGCAAGACGCUGGAGCCCGUCUUCGACGAGACCUUCACCUUCUACGGCGUGCCCUACAGCGCCCUGCCCGAGCUGGUGCUGCACUUCCUGGUGCUCAGCUUCGACCGCUUCUCCCGCGACGACGUCAUCGGCGAGGCCGUGGUGCCGCUGGCCGGCGUGGACCCCAGCACCGGGAGGGUGCAGCUCACCCAGCGCAUCUGCAAGAGGAGCAUACAGUGUGUAAGCCGUGGGGAGCUGCUGCUGUCUCUGUCCUACCAGCCCGUCACUCACAGGCUGAGUGUGGUGGUGCUGAAGGCCAAACACCUGCCCAAGAUGGACAUCACAGGCCUGUCCGGCAACCCGUACGUGAAGGUGAACGUGUUCUACGGGCGCAAGCGCAUCGCAAAGAAGAAGACGCACGUGAAGAAGUGCACGCUCAACCCCGUCUUCAACGAGUCCUUCAUCUACGACGUGCCCGCCGAGCUGAUGCCCGACGUCUCCGUGGAGUUCCUGGUCAUCGACUUCGACCGCACCACCAAGAACGAGGUGGUGGGCCGGGUGGUGCUGGGGGCCCACAGCCCCAGUUCCUCUGGCGCCACCCACUGGCGGGAGGUCCUCGACAACCCCCGCCGGCAAAUCGCUAAGUGGCACAACCUCGCGGAGUACUAGCGGCCCCGUGUCUGGGCUGCGCGACUGGGGGGCGUCUUGCUGAUCAAGGUGACUCCUCUUAAGUCGUACCUUCCCCCCCAAACAAUGCCACAACAACCAGAAAAAAUGAAAGGGGGACUUGUACAGUGAACUGUUUGCAUCAGUAAAAAAAAAAAAAAAUGAAAAGAAAAAAGAAUUUUAAAAUAACCAUGAUGAUCAAUAUGGUAAUGGGGGCUGACAAAAAAAAAAUUCAGAAAGAACUUUUGGGGAAUUAGAGCACAAAAAAUGCCAUGAGUCACUACGAAAAAAGAAAAGACUGAAUGAUUGGUCAGUACGAAGAAACCAAAAGCUGUAAUGAACAAAGAGCUAAUAUAUAUAUAUACAUAUACACACAUUCAAGACCGGUAAAAUGGAUUCGGUCCCAUCUCGUGGGAGAAAGAGGGAAUUAUCCAAACAAAAUUCACUUCAAAAAGAGGGAAGAAAGAAAGAAAGAAAGAAAGAAAGAAAGAAAAAGAACAACUGAGAGUUCAUGCCCCCCCCUCCCUCAACCCCAACCCCACCCUCCUCCCCCUCCCUGGUUUCAUAUCGGUGGUGUGUACUUUCAAAUUAUUGCAUGCCUGAAAAAAAAAUUCAAAGACCAAAAAAAAAAACAAAAGAAAAAAAGAAAACAAAAGAAAAAACGAAGAUGCAAUGAUGUGUUGCUGGAGCUCUUUGUUUUUCUUUUUUUUUGUCUCCUUCUUGUCUUCAGUAGGAGCGCAGUUGUGUUCUGUCCUUGCUCACCCCCUUGAGCAGUGUAGAGGGUGGAGGGGCAGGUCACCAGCAACUCCUGGCGUGGUGUGCAUUUACUCUGUCCACCGUUCUGCAUUAAAAGGAAGAAAGAAAAAUCUAAGUCUAUUCAUGAGUCCCAUUGUUCAUAAUCUAUUUAUUCUGCGCACCCUUACCCGUAACAUUAACGGUGAAAACCCCAAACAUAAGGCAAACAAACAUUAAAACUGUGAAAAACUGCUCCCAUCCAAGCAAUAUCCCUCAAACAAGACAAGGUUACAGCAAGCAUUUAAAAUGGGUUAAGGAUCUUGUUCCAGGAUGGGAUUGGGCAUGUUAUCCCAACUUUUAAAUCCUUAUUUUAAAACAAAAACAUGAUUAGUUCGCAAAUAUGACCUGGUUGAGCUUCAGGACUAAGGUGUGUUCAGGUGUGCUGUGCUUGACUGAACCAGAAG